GGGCGUUUUCCAAGGUCCCUAAAGAUGGAAGAAAAGAGGGCGGGACGAGGGUUAGACGGACGGGUGUCGCAGCCAGUCAGCGGGGGUAGAGCGUGGGGUUUCCGGUUCCGGCGCCGCACGGAUCUUGGCAGGCGCGCCGCGAUGCCCCUGCACAAGGUCCCGGUCCACCUGUGGAAGCAGCUCCUGCUGCGCGAGGGCUUGUGCUCCCGCCUGCCCAGCCACUACCUACGCUCCCUGGAGGAGGCGCGGACGCCCACGCCCGUGCACUACAGGCCGCACGGGGCCAAGUUCAAGAUCAGUCCCAAGAACGGGCAGCGGGAGCGCGUGGAGGACGUGCCCAUUCCCAUUUACCAUCCCCCGGAAUCCCAGCUGGGGCUGUGGGGCGGCGAGGGCUGGAUCCUGGGCCACAGAUACACCAACAAUGACAAGCUGUCCAAGAGGGUGAAGAAGGUGUGGAAGCCACAGCUGUUUCAGCGUGAGCUCCACAGUGAAAUCCUGGAUGCAACCUUCAGUGUGACUGUGACCAUGAGGACCCUGGAUCUCAUUGAUGAGGCCUAUGGGUUUGACUUCUACAUCCUCAAGACCCCAAAGGAAGACCUGUGCUCCAAGUUUGGGAUGGACCUGAAGCGAGGUAUGCUGCUGCGGCUUGCCCGACGGGACCCAGAGCUGCACCCGGAUGACCCCGAGAGGAGGGCAGCCAUCUAUGACAAGUACAAGGAGUUUGUCAUCCCAGAGGCAGAGGCUGAGUGGGUUGGCCUGACACUGGACGAGGCUGUGGAGAAGCAGCGGCUUCUGGAGGAGAAGGACCCUGUUCCUCUGUUCAAGGUCUACGUGGAGGAGCUGAUCACACAGCUUCAGCAGCAGGCGCUGUCUGAGCCAGCGGUGGUGCAGAAGAGCCAGCGGGAAGUGGCCACACAGUGACCUGCUCCUGACAGCCAGGCUCAGCCCCCCUUCAGCUCUGUGGGCACAGAGCCUGGCGUGGUGGCGAGAGCACCCCCUUCCUGUGUGUGCUCCUGGGUGGAGUGGACUUUGUGGAGGCCCUGAUGACUCCCAGAGGCCUGAGGGAGCUCUCUCCCCACCCAGGCAAAGGCCCAGCGAGGCAGGGCCACUGUACUUGGUGGGGGCAGUGCAAGUAAAGUCUGAGCCAGA